CACACUAGUUACCCAAUAUGACUUGAAAAGAUUGUCAUAGAUACAUUAAUAAAUAAAUAAAAACCUCGUACACUCACAAUGUACUGCUAUUUUAGUUUGUAGGGGCUAGGCUGCAAUAGGAAAUGGACAACUUAAAUUUAUACGAAGUUCUUGGGGUGGCUCCGGAUGCAAGCGACGAGGAAAUAAAGAAGAACUACCGCAAAUUGGCCAAAGAGUUCCAUCCAGACAAAAAUCCCGAUGCGGGCGACAAGUUCAAGGAGAUUUCCUUUGCCUACGAGGUGCUAUCCGAUCCCGAGAAACGGAGGAUCUACGACCGUUACGGACUGAAGGGCCUUCAGGAAGGCGCCGAAGGAUUUUCGGAUGCGUCCGAGUUUUUUGCCCAGUGGUUCCCCUUCGAUCGCGUUUCGCCCGGUGGUCGGGGCAGGCGCGAGGGCAAAGUGGUGGUCAAGGUGGAGCUGACACUGGAGGAGAUCUAUGUUGGCGGUAUGAAGAAGAAGUUAGAGUAUAAGCGACAGAAGCUCUGUUCCAAGUGUAACGGCGACGGCGGGCCAAUGGAUGCGCGCGAAAGCUGCGAGACCUGUGGCGGAGCGGGACGAGCGGCCGCUUUUACCUUCAUGGGUCUUAGUGCCUUCGAUGCGACCUGUCCGGCCUGCGAUGGAAGGGGUUUUACCAUCAAGGACGACAAGAAGUGCAAGCCCUGUCAGGGCAGCGGCUUUGUGGAGGAAAAGAUGAAGCGAGACCUGAUUGUGGAGCGGGGAGCACCACAUAUGCUGAAGGUGCCCUUCGCCAACGAGGGCCAUCAGAUGCGGGGCGGCGAGUUCGGCGACUUGAUUGUGAUCAUCGCCCAGCUGGAACACCCGCUUUUUCAGCGGCGCCACGCUAACUUGUACAUGCGGGACCUGGAGAUCAACAUCACGGAGGCGUUGUGCGGCUAUGCGCAUUGCUUCAAGCACCUGGACGGACGAAACGUCUGCUUGCGCACCCAGCCGGGCGAAGUUCUGCAGCACAACCACAUCAAGGUGGUGCGGGGUUGUGGAAUGCCGGUUUUCAACAAGGCCACCGACAGCGGCGAUCUCUACAUGAAGUUUAAGGUGAACUUUCCGGACAACGACUUUGCCACGGCUCCGCAGCUGGCCAUGCUGGAGGAUCUUCUGCCGCCCAGGCAGCUGGUGGUAAUUCCGAAGGAAGCCGAGGAAGUCCAGAUGAUGGACUACAAGCCACAGCCCCGGCAGCAGGAGGACGACGAUGGACAGUCGCCGCACUUCGAGGGCGUCCAGUGCCAGACGGCUUAGUGCCUGUGGUUGUGGCUCCUGCAGGCCCGGUUUCUCUGCCUCGAUCUCUGGCUAAUCCUGGGCACAUUCGGCGUAGAUGAAGUCUGCUUCUUGGUGCCGCUGUUCGUCUUAAUAUGCAUAGUAUUAUUUUUCAUACAGGAAUGUUUGCUGUGAAAAGCGCGUGAUCUAAAUUCGUAGUAUACGUAAUUAUUCGAGACUAAAGCUUAGCUGAUCUGAUUUUCAAUAGGAGUGUCAUCAAUACAUUAGCCACGCUAAAUUAGCUGCUAUCACUAUUAACUAAAUAUGUAUUGUUAUCUUUUUUUUUUUGGCCUGACUCUAGCCCUUAACACCCCUACCUAACAAUAAACAAAGGCAUAUUAUCUCACCGUAGAAGCGUUAAAUCUUCUGUUAUAUAAUGUCUUUGUAAUCGGUACUAUCAUGUUUUAUUGUUUUUAAAAAUACAAAUUAAAGUAAACCAGAGGUUAUAAACAUAAA